UUCAACUUCCCCCUGGAUUUUAACUGGUCUUCCUGCCCUGUUUUGUAGGCACAACCUGCACAGACUGAGCGUUCACAUGGACUUUUAGCUUUUGCAAUUAUUUUUAAUAAAUGAUCUAUUUUUGAAGCAAUCCGAUUCUGUGCUUCAUUGCUCACAUUAAUGCUGGUUGGUCAGAUUCACUUUAUGUAACAUCUUGGGGGCUGAUCGGUGGGUGUUACACAUGUACGACCCAUACUUAGGUAUAAGUAGUUUAGAAAACGAGUGACUGAGACUUGUCAUCUUAACCUUUCAAAAUUUAGAACGUGACUCGUUUCACAACCUCCUCAUGUGAUGGUCCAAUUGCUUUUAUACAUCAAAAAUCUUUAAUCCACACCAUCUCUGAAUCAGUCCUCAGAUGGUUAUAGAUCAUCAACCAGCUUGAUGUUCACUCCUACCUCAGCCUCCCACUGUGAGAUGUGUGAGACUGAGGAGGGAGGAUAUAAGGAGACCCGAGCUGAGCAGGAAGUUUAAAACACAAUGAAGUCAAAAUGGACACGACACCUGUGCGUCCUUCUACCCAACAAACAGCACCUGGAUUGCACUGUCAGGGUUGGAGCCAGAGGCCAGGAGGUGAUGAACACUGUGCUGCACCAGCUUGGUGUCAGUGAUCUCCAAGUGUUUGGUCUGGCUGUCCUCAGAGAUAACGAAUAUCUCUUUCUCAAUUUGGAGAAAAAGCUCAGCAAAUAUUUUGGCAAAAGAUGGAACAGAGGAUCUUUAAAGGUCCCAUUCAUCUUGUUUUUGAGGAUUCACUUUUAUGUGGAAAGUGGGCUUCUGAUUCUGAGCAGCAAAGUACAGCAGCUGUACUUCGCUGAGCUGAGGCAGGAAGUGCUGCGUUCUCAGAGCUGUCAGCAGGAAGCUCUGUUCUUCCAGCUGGCAGCUUCUGCACUCCAAGCCGAAGUUGGAGAUCUGGAACAGAGAGAUGGGGCCGACAACAAGACAAAAGAGAGGAAGCAUGAGUGUUACUUUCUCCCAGAGGAUUAUUUUCCUUCUUGGCUGAUCAAGCACAGAGGAAGAGACUACCUUCUCCAGCAUGGUCCAGAGUUGCACAGCGAGUUGAGAGGUUUGUCCCGCAGCCGAGCCAUGCUGCAGUUUAUAAAAGAGGCCUGGAGCCUCCAGGGUGGAGCAAUGACCUUCUACAGACUGAGACAGGAGAAAAAGGCGCUGAAGGCUUCCAUCCUUCUUGGUGUGGCAGUGACAGGAAUCCAUAUUUAUCAGGAGGAGGUGGAGGGAAAGCGAUCCUUGUUAGAUUUUUCCUGGACCGACAUUGACUACUUUACAUACCAGGGCUGCAGAUUUGAAAUCGCUGCAGUGGGCUCCCUGGAUCUCCCUAAGCUGGUGUAUUACACUCACUCUGCCUUCCACUCUGAACACAUACUGAAGCACCUCAAGGACAGCCACCGCUUCCACAUCAACACCAGGGAGGCAACUGGAUACAUCCAACAGCUAGAAGACAUGCAGGCUUGUAACUUCCACAAAGAGGCCUACAUAUGUGACAUGGCGGGUCUAAGGCAAAGACUCAACUUCUACAACCUCACAUCCUCCAUGUCAGACUGCAGUGGUGCAGCCUGGACCAACAAAGAAGAAGUGGGGGAGGCUGAAUUGUGGGUGGAUGAUCCAGAAGAGGUUUUAGUCGACGACCCAGCUGAUGUGUCCUGGCUGGCUGAGAUGCUGUACGGCGUGUCUGUGGAUGGCCCAUUGGUGUUGUCAUCCUCACACUGGGCAGCUGUCACAGAAGAAAUGAAGCAGGUUCUGCAGCAGAGAGUGAAUGAAAGAGCAGCGUUGGAUUAAAAACAGCAAGAAGCAAGAGGGGUUCAUCUUGUUCUGCAACACACCACUCAGUGUUUGUCCUCUGUUUAAUACAUGUAAUAAAUACAGUGA